AUGGAUACCCUCCACCCACGCGCUGAGUGGGAGAGUGUCGGCGAUAAGUGGUUCCGCAAGACGCAGCUCUACACCGAGGUGUUCGACCAAGAUCUUGACCUUGACAAUUACGUCGUGACCGGCGCUCCAUACGCAGGUGCACUGGCAUUAUGGCGAGACGACACAAAGCUGCAGGAGUAUCGACCCGGUCAGUCGUCGAAACCUUCGAUAGACGUCUACACCCUUGCUGGCAAGAAGCUGCGCAGCAUUCCUUGGGACAAAGGGACCAUCAAGAGUCUCGGAUGGUCCGAGGAUGAGACCCUCUUGGUCGUGACAUCUGAUGGAAACGUGAGGUGCUACGACCUGCAAGGCGACUUUAGUCACUUCUCGCUUGGCCAUGGCGCCGAUAACUUUGGGGUGGAAUCAUGCCGGUUCUACGACAACGGCAUGGUUGCUUUGUUGGGAAACAAUGCUCUCAUCUCAGUGUCUUCGUACUCAGAACCACGUCCAAAGCAAUUGGCGCGGUCUCCAGAGGGGCAAAUCCAUGCCUGGGGCAUCAUCUCGCCAGAUCAUACACUCUCUCGGUCCGUCGAGGUUCUUCUCAGCAUCAACUCGACCGUCUAUGUUGUCGACGCGACAGAGUGUGAGGAUCGGUUCCUAGAUAUCGGACCCUUUAGCCACAUCAGUGUUUCGCCGGACGGUCAGUUUGUCAAUCUCUAUGGCAGAAACGGCACAGCACACAUCAUUUCCAGUGACUUCAGAGAACGGAUAUUCGAGCACAACUCAGAUUCCAACACGCCACCCAAGUACGUGGAGUGGUGCGGCAGCGAUGCGCUCAUUGCGUGGGAGGACGAGGUGCACAUCAUUGGCCCCGGCGAGGAAUCCUCCACAUACAUCUACGACAGCACACGUGUACAUGUAAUCUCGGAAUGCGACGGAGCCAGGCUCAUCACGAACGACUUCUGCGAGUUCCUCGAGAGAGUACCGCUGGAGACGAUACAGGUACUGGGACACGCCUCCGAAUCAUCGCCUGCAUCAAUUCUACUCGAUGCGGUGGGCCAACUGGAGCUUGAGUCGCCCAAGGCGGACGAUUACAUCCAGCUCAUCCGACCCAAUCUCACGGGAGCCGUGGACACAUGCGUCAAUGCGGCUGGCCGCGAGUUCGAGACGUACUGGCAGAAGCAACUACUCAAGGCGGCUUCAUUUGGCAAAUCGGUGCUCGAUAUCUACAACAGCGAUGAUUUCGUGGACAUGUGCGAAACGCUGAGGGUUCUCAACGCUGCCCGAUACUAUGAGCUUGGGAUACCCCUGUCGUUUGAGCAGUACCAGCGUCUUACUCCCGAGAAGCUCAUCCGACGCCUACUGAGCCGACAUGAGUACCUGCUAGCUCUCAAAAUUGCCGGGUACCUCAAGCUGCCAACAGAUCGCAUCUACGUGCAUUGGGCCUCGACCAAGGUACGCGUAGGGUCAGAAGACGACGACACAAUUUGCCGCUUAGUGGUCGAUCGACUAUCAGGCAAGCCUGGGGUAUCUUUCGAGGAGAUUGCACGUGCAGCCUACCACGAAGGACGCCAUCGCCUUGCGACCGAGCUUCUGAACCAUGAGUCGCGUGGAGGCCGCCAGGUGCCUCUGUUGCUAGACAUGGAAGAGGACGAGCUGGCGCUGGACAAGGCCGUCGAAAGCGGCGAUACCGACCUCAUCCUUUCGGUGCUGCUGCAGCUCAAGAAGAAACUGCCCCUUGCCAGCUUCUUCCGCACAAUCAACUCACGGCCGUCAGCGACCGCGUUGGUCGAGGCGUCUGCUAUCAGAGAAGGCGACAACACGCUCCUGAAGGACUUGUACUACCAGGAUGACCGCCGCGUCGAUGGCGCCAAUGUGUUCCUCAGAGAAUCUCUACAACAGCCAGAUGCUAGGACCGCUGUUGACAAGAUGGCGCUUGCUGCCAAGCUCCUUUCGGACUCUCGCGAGACGUCCUUUGAAGUGCACGCCCUCAAAGAAGCGACGACGCUUCUUCGCAUGCAGGACUCGCUCGAUCGCGACUUGUCGGACACCUUUACUGGUCUGAGCGUGAACGAAACCAUGUUCAAGCUCAUGCGCCUCGGGUACAAUGGGCGGGCAAAGAAGAUUCAGAGCGAGUUCAAAGUACCGGAGAAGGUGGCGUGGUGGAUUCGACUGCGUGCACUCGUCGCCAAGCGAGACUGGAACGAGAUUGAGGAUAUCUCUAAGUCGCGAAACAGCCCUAUUGGCUGGCAACCCUUUUACAACCUCACAUUGCAGGCCGGCAACCCUCGUCUGGCUGCGGUCUUUGUCCCCAAAUGUACCGGGCUUGAGCCUGGGGAGGCUAUUGAAAUGUACGAGAAGUGCGGUAUGCGCAUCAAGGCUGCCGAAGAGGCAGUGAAGCAGAAGAACGCGGAGGCAUGGGAGAGGCUCCUCGAUGCCGCCGGCAAAGGCUCGCAGGAGGGGCGUGAGAUUGAGCGGCUGGGGCAUGCGGCAUUCAAGAAGAACUGA